AUGCCGCCACAUACCUGGCCCGCCCGCCCUGAUGACCAAACACGCCACCCUCGCUUCGAUGAUAGAUGGAUCCGAGGACUGGAGAACAUGACAGACGCGAAUCUGGAGCAUGCCCUGCUAAUGAAACUUGGGAUCGCAACGAGAAACAACGAGGAGGGAGAUCUCUGGCAUUAUCAUUUCUGCGGUUUCCGUCAAAAUCUGCUACCGAGAUACCAGCGUCGAUUUGCAGCCGUCACACGCCGAGUAGCGGCUUGGAUGAAUCUCCCUACCACACAAGCGUUAAUCAGACCGAAGCUCGAGAUUUUCUGUGCCUUGCCACCAGGAGCUGCGCUGGUUGCAGGAAACUGGGAUGGUCCCGUGGGUAGAGAACCGGAUGCCACCACCGGUGCAAUUCUUGACUCGUGUUAUGAUUGUCUUCAAUGUAUGCAGGACUAUGGACUUUUACCAGGCGGGGUAACAGGAGAAUUGGAAUAUAAUGAUGUUGGAUUUGCGUUGAUUUCCGUCGCUCUUUGUCAAAUGGGAAGAACUAAAGCGACUGACGAGACGGAACUCCCCGAUGCUCAAAGUGUAGUCGACUUUUUCGCUCGUCGUGUUACUGCCCCUGGCGUCCUUCCAUUUGUACCCUAUACCCUUGGCGGUGGUGCUGGUAUCAGUUCGAUAUUUCAGCUCGCGCUUGACCAGGAGUCUUGGGCACCAGCAAUAGAGUCACUUGCGAAUUGGCAUCAAAGAACAGCCACGGCGAGACCAUGCCCAGUGGUUUUUACUGAGCUAGGUUUUCGCGCCCGCUGGCAACUUUGUAAAGUUGCAAAUCUUCGAGUUCUCCAAUGGGCUCGGCGACAUGCUGUUGAGAUCUCCUUUGGCGAGAAUCCUCCAACCGUACCUGCAAUGAGACAUACGGUUGAAACAUGCUGGCAGGCUGUAGCUCACAACCCUGAAGGGCAUUUGAUCCUGGAUGAACUGCUAAAGACAUCUCCGGUUCAGCCCAAUCAUAUAUGCGGUACGACAGGGCGAAAUGGGAUUUCCGAGGCAAUCUUGUGUGGACGACCGAAUAUAGUCCAAUGGUUCCUAGACCAGGAUCGUUCAAAUUACGAACAGAAUAUUUCCGAGCGCGUUGUUGCAUUCCAGCCGGUUUGCCUAACGAAUUCCCAUGUUCGAUAG